UUCUAUUUUUACAGUAUCUGUACGACCUACUAGAAACCACUCAGAACACUUCAGCAACUGCAUAGCAACUCCUUGGCAACCACUCACACUGGAAUUGUGCAGAAAUACGAGCCUGUGUGAGCUCAGCGCUGAUGGCAGGGGUUAUUCUUCACGCCUGACGCUGCCGCAGGAGCUCGACCUGGAGGGACAACGAAAACUGGACCAUUACAUCAUUGCCACGGGAUAGAACCAUGCCCCGCCCCCCGUGUUCCAUUGGCGCAGCCACCUGGCCUGACGUUCCCAUUGGUUGAUAGCAGCGUAACGGGAAGCAGCGAGGGGGCGUGGCCUCGGCUAGUAAGGGCGCUUCAAAUACACUGUAAAAGAUGCAGAAGGGAGCGAUGCUGAUGCUGAUGCUGAUGCUGGUGAUGCUGGUGAUGAGAAUAAUUUCUCACCGGAGGCAAGCUUUCGAACGGACCGAGAGGCUGACGAUGGGCUUCACAUUUAGGAUUAAAUAAGCAAACGCAAAAUCGAAUCAACUGCACAGAGUAGAAGCCAACAUUUGCACAAAAAGCAACAUAAUAGUAGAGAAAUAGGUGAGAGAGAGAGAGAGAGAGAGACCCUGGAUCGGAUCCGUCCUACAGUCGCUGGAGGGCUGGAUGAGAAACUUCCUGUCUUCCAUUUCGUAGAAAUCUUCCCUCCAACUGUCAGCUACCUACUGGGCGCAGCACUCUAGAGAUCCUCAAUAUGGAGAGAACUGCCAUUUCCACUUCACUGCUCGCAGUCUGUUUCGUUUUGGCUGCGUGUCGCUGUUCCCUUGCGGCUCCCUUCUGCCCUGCCCAGUGUGUCUGCGAGACCCGCCCAUGGUACACGCCUCAGUCGGUCUACCAUCAAGCCAAGACUGUUGACUGCAACGAACUCCAUUUGAGCAAAAUCCCAUGGAAUAUUUCAGUUGAUACUCAGGUGCUGCUUCUUCAGAGCAACAAUAUCUCCAGGGUAACCUCAGAACUCCAGAGCUUGGUAAACCUCACGGAACUAGAUCUCUCCCAGAACCACUUCACGCAAAUCCAGGACGUUGGCUUGAGCAACCUAACCCAACUGGUCACCCUUUACCUUGAGGAAAACCAAAUCAAAGAGCUGCCUGAUAUGAGUCUAAAAGAUCUAGUCAACUUAGAGGAGCUUUAUAUUAAUCACAAUCAAAUAUCGUCUAUCGGUCCUAAUGCAUUUUCAGGCUUGGGGAACCUGUUGAGGCUUCACCUCAACUCCAAUAAGCUUCUGGCGAUAGACAGCCACUGGUUCGAGUCCCUCCCCAACCUCGAGAUCCUAAUGAUAGGGGAGAAUCCCAUUCUUGGACUGCAAGAUAUGAACUUCCACCCCCUCUCUAAAUUGCACAGUCUGGUUCUCGCAGGAAUGGGGCUCAGGGAAAUCCCCGAGGGUGCGUUCCAGGGAUUAGACUAUCUCGAGAGCCUCUCGUUCUUCGAUAACAAGCUCACGGCUGUGCCAAAGAAAGCCUUGAGUGUUCUACCGAGCCUCAAGUUUCUCGACCUUAACAAGAAUCCCAUUGUGCGUAUACAGGAGGGUGACUUCCGAGACUUUCCCCACUUGGAGGAGCUCAGUCUGAACAACAUGGAGGAACUUGUGGCGGUCGAGAAAGGUGCGUUCUCUAACUUACCGCAAAUGGCCAAAUUGGAGCUCUACAACAACCCUCACCUGUUUUUCAUCGACCGGGGCGCUUUCCUGAAAAUGCGUGCCUUGCGCACUUUACUCAUCCACAAUAACGACCUCAUGCUUCUGCCCCAUGAGAUUUUGUCCUCUUUCCCCAAUCUGGAUGAAAUCAGUCUUCACGGCAACCCACUCAGGUGCGAUUGUCUCGCCAACUGGGGGCCCGUCCUGGGCAACCAAUCGAGCCUCAAAGUUUUGGAGCCCCAAAUAACUCUUUGUGCCUCCCCGCCACAUCUUGUCGGCCAGUCCCUUCAGGAUGUGGUGUCUGCAAGUUGGAAUGGGGCAAGCAAUACCUGCCUGCCUCUAAUUUCUCAGCACGCCUUCCCUCUGCAGCUCAACGUCACCUUAGGACAGCUUCUGACGCUCAACUGCUGGGCCGUGGCAGAUCCGGCGCCUCAGUUUUACUGGGUGACACCCACCGGUGACAAAGUCACUUCCGAAGCUGUUUCACCAGCCUCGAAUGAGGGAGGAGGAAUCCCGAAGAAGCACCGGAUGCAAGACCAAGGUGCUCUGGAGAUCCCGCGUGUCGAACCUGAGGAUGCUGGUCUCUACACUUGCGUCGCUUGGAAUGCAGAGGGAGCCGACACCCGUAGCGUCUCUGUUUACGUGGAUAGGAGCAACUGGCAUGGUGCACACCCCACUGGAGGUCAUCAAGGGGUGGUGAACGCCACUGGAUCCUUGGUAAUCCUUGCAAAAAUUGUCCAUGCUCAGUCUGUGGUGCUCGAGUGGAAGGUGCACCCAUCCGCCGCCUCUUCUAACCAUGAGGUGUCCCAACCCAAGUGGCUCAGCGCAACGGUUAAAAUCGACAACCCGCAAAUCAGCUACACGGCGACGGUCCCCGUAGACGUUCAGGAGUACAACCUCACGCACCUCCUGCCCUCCACGGAGUACCAAGUUUGCCUGACCAUGGCUGGCACCGAGCAGACCCAGCACUCCUGUAUCAACGUGACCACCAAAGGAGCCAGCUUUGCCGUGGAGAUGGUUGCCCAGCCGACCAGCGUAGCUCUGGCGGCGGUCAUGGGCUCCAUGUUCGCCAUCUGCAUCAUGGCUCUCUUGGUGUUCUACAUGGGACGGCGCAUGAAGCAGAAAUCUUGCCACCACUCUCUUAAGAAAUACAUGCAGCACACCACUUCCAUUCCUCUGAACGAACUCUACCCACCGCUUAUUAACCUCUGGGAGAACGAGACGGAAAAAGAGAAAGAGGGCACCGCUGACCCUCAGAACUCACAGAUAGACACCUCAAAAACGUACAUGUGGUAGCUGCACAACGGAAAGUAGAUAGAAGAGACAUUUAAACAGCAUAUGUACUGUGUUGUACAUAAAUGACAAGUAUGUAUUAUUGAUUUGUCAUUGUGAAAGAUAUAUGUAUUUUUAGAUCGUACCCUUCGAUGCCAAGCACACUUGGUUGCAGUUGUGAUUUGUUAGACAUCCAACAGACGUGGGCAGCAGAACACAUUCUAUGCUUUUGCAUUGCAUUGUAUUUUCUCAGACUAACUCAACGUUAAGCAUGCCAAUGUGUUAUUAACAUUUUUCAUUCUAUAUCAGCACUAAGCAAGCGAAUACACUAACACAGAUCAACACUAUUAAUAUCGCCUCACGCAUAUCAAACGCAGUCAGUUUUUGCAUGGAAUUUUUGCAUGAUAUUUUGGUGCUAACGGGGAGUUUUUUCCUAGUUUUCUCGCUACUAAAAACACACAGGCGUGAGAAGGUGACAUACGCGUGCGCGUCGCUCUCAUUUGUCUUCGGCUCGUCACAUUUUAUCACCUGCGUUGUAAUGAAAAUAAAACCUGAACCAAACCUGCCAGGUGCUACCAAGUUGCUGUUACUGCAGACUAAUUAGCUGUCAUAUGUAAUUAAUAUCUGGAACACAACUGCGCAGCUGUGCUUAUUUAUUCUUGCAUUGUUAAACAACUAUUUAUUGAAGAGUGUGUGAAAAUGGCUGUUUAUUAGCACUGACUGAAAAUGUAUUUCACAUUUGAUAGAAAAAGAAAUCAUUAGACUAUAACGAUCGUGCAUCAUUCAGCACUGCUAACAACGAUGGGGCCGUUCUGCGCUUCGCACCUCAUCACGCGCUUGGCGUUUUGAUUACCGAGAGAUUGCUUCAGUUCUCAGUUAAACAUGCUGCCAAACUCAAUAUUCACACAAUUCAGUCUUAUAUUAGGUAACAAGUGUGUGUGUGUGGAGAAUGAGAAUUGCAUUGAGCGGGAAUUAAAAAAGAAUCAAUGUUGUUUUUCUCCUCGCAUAGAUUAAUUAACCUUUCAGAUAUUUCAUUCGUUUUUAAAGGUUUUGACAUGUUUAAACCUGUGAUUUUUGUGCAUAAUCCUGCAUCAUAUUAAUACGAAUGUUAUGCAAGAAACAUGCUCAUGUAUUGUUCUGUUACAUCAGCAAAUGACAUCUAUCCAGAUAUUGAUGAAUAUAACCAAAUUAAAUGAUAUAUCAAAAGUGUUCUUUAAGGGUUUACCUUUACAGGUGCACUCAGUAAUUUUGCCUCAUUAAAAACGUUGCAACCCUAAAUAGACAGCUCUUAUUUUUGCAAAACAUUGCAUUCAAUAGAGACUCUUCCAGUCAUACUGGUAGCUUAAUAAAAGAUGUUGUAUUUCAAAUGGACAUCACAUGAGCAGAUGUACCUGUUUUCUUCUACUCGCUCACAGGAUUCAUUUAUUGUUAAUGGCUGCAUUUCUCAAUACCUGAAAACAUUAGGGUUAGCAUGAUGCUGCAUUCACACUGCUAAAUGUCAGUGUACUGUAAAUGCAGGAAGAGCAACAGAAACAAACGAAAAAAAAAUUACUGGGUGCACUUUUGCUAUGUAUUAUUUGAACCAAAGAUGAGACACAUUUUCAAUAGUUCUCUCAUCACUGUCAUCAGUCAGUGAGAUGUCAUGGUAUUUUUAGCUCUGAAGGACAGUGAGGGGAAAUACCUAUUAUAUACCGUAUGUUAACACUUCUUCAUUUUUGUGCGUGUAAGUGUUGUUUUUUUUUUUGCUAUUGUAUGCUUAUUUUUCAUUUUGUGUUUUAGUUUCUAAUUUAAAGGGAUAGAAA